AUGCAUUAUCCGAUCGUUGCAUUCUCGUGGCAAUGGAUCCAGCAAGGCCAAGCCUCAAGGCAAACACCUUCUCCACUCUCCACGGCCAUGGACGCCGACGCCGACACGGUGGUGUUCGAGGCACCGGCGCACUUCCGCUUCUACAAGAGCGGCAGGAUAGAGCGCCUUAACCGGCCUCCCAUCCUCCCCGCCGGCGUCGACGAGGCCACCGGCGUCACCUCCAAGGACGUCGUCCUCGACGCGGAGACCGGCCUCUCCGUGCGCCUCUACCUUCCCAAGCUCCAGGACCCCUCCACAAAGCUCCCGGUCCUCGUCUACUUCCACGGCGGCUCCUUCCUCAUCGAAUCGGCCGACUCCUCCACGUACCACAACUACGUGAACGCCCUCGCCGCGGCGGCCGGCGUCCUCGCGGUGUCCGUCGACUACCGCCUGGCCCCGGAGCACCCUCUCCCCGCAGCCUACGACGACUCCUGGGCCGCGCUUCAGUGGGCGGCGUCGGCGCAGGACGACUGGAUCCGCGAGCACGGCGACACGGCCCGCCUGUUCCUCGCCGGCGACAGCGCGGGGGCCAACAUCGUCCACGACAUGCUCAUGAGGGCUGCCUCCAACGACGGCAGCCCUAGGGUCGAGGGCGCGAUACUGCUGCACCCGUGGUUCGGCGGGAGCAAGCCGGUGGAGGGGGAGCACCCGGCCGCGCCCAUGGUCACCGGGAUGCUCUGGUCCUACGCGUGCCCAGGCGCGGUGGGCGGCGCGGACGACCCGAGGAUGAACCCGCUGGCGCCGGGCGCGCCGGCGCUGGAGAGGCUCGGCUGCGUGAGGAUGCUCGUGACCGCGGGGCUGGCGGACGGGCUCGCCGCGCGCGACCGCGCGUACCACGACGCCGUGGCCUGCAGCGGGUGGGGCGGCACCGCGGCCUGGCACGGGUCCGAUGGGGAGGGUCAUGUGUUCUUCCUCGAGAAGCCCGGAUGCGAGAACGCCAAGCAGCUCAUGGACCGCGUCGUCGCGUUCAUAGGCGGCGCCUGA